UGGUAUAUCCACUACUGACAAUGGAAAGUCUUUGGUAACUCCAACUUCUCCAGGAAAGAACCCAGAUCUUUCUAUUAUCAAAUCUCAAUCUAGGAGGCAGAGUGACCCUGAUGAAAAUCGUUCUACAAGGGGCCUAGAUUUAAAAAAGAAAAAUAGAAAAAGGUUACUUGGUUCCCCUUUAGAACCACAAGAUGAUCAAGUUGAGCAUGAAGGGCCAGUAUCUUCAGACAGUAUCCUGAAAAAGGCCUCUGAAGGAAGUUGUAAUUUGGAAGCACGGCCAUCUGGACAUUUGGAUAAAAGGGAAGUUUCUGAGGCGGUCAAUGAGGAUAAACUGGUAUCUGAAAAGAACGGGGUCUUGAAGGAUUGUGAUCCUACGAAGGAUUCAGAAGAAAGGAGCUUAAAGAAGUUAGAUAGAAGUGAUUCUGAGGGCAAACCAUCACUGAAAAGGCUGGGAGGUGAAGCAAAGAAGGCAAAGGGGGGAAGUGGGGAACCAUUACCGGGAAGGACGUAAUUGGUGACCUGGGUAGCAAGUCCAACUCAAACUCAGCGAAUAAACGCAGUCUUUCUAAAGAAACACCCAAAACAACAUCAAAGAGAAAACGUACCCCAGGGAAGGAAGAGGCUUCUAAAAAAAUGUCGUCUGUUGAAGAACAUGAUGAGAAUUUGGUUGGUUCCAGGAUAAAAGUUUGGUGGCCAGAUGAUAAGAAGUUUUAUAAAGGCGUGGUCGAUUCUUUUGAUCCCAUUAAGAAGAUGCACAAGGUAUUAUAUGUUGAUGAGGUGUUGAAACUCACCAAGGAACGAUGGGAGCAUGUUAAAGAGAAGCAUGAGAGCAAGAAAAUGAAAACAGAUUCUGAUUCGUCAACUCAGCAUGGAAAGACAGAUUCUUCAGUGAAAAGUAAAUCCAUGGAGGCCACCGACUCCGAAGAUGAAUUGAAGGAUGACGACAGACUUAAUAGAACAAAAACCAUCCCUAAAAUUUCACAUAAAUCCAAGGAAAGCACUGCGAAAACUGGUAGUAAGUCAAAAGAGGGCACUCCGAAGCUCGGUAAUAAGUCGAAGGAUGAUGCUCCAAAAACUAGUGGAAAGUCCAAGGUAGAUAGUGGCGGUAAAUCUGAGAAAAUCAUCGCCAAAACUGAUAUUAAGUUGCAAAAGGCCAGUUCAAAAACCAACACACAUUCAAAGGAUGCGAGCGCCAGCAAGUAUAAGGGAAACACUAGCAGAACUACAAGUGUCAGUAAGCCAAAAGAUGAUACCCUGAAGAUUGGCAGCAAGUCUAAGGAUGUGUCGGUCGGUGAAACAGGGGACUGCAUCACCAAACCAAAAAUUGGCAGCGAUUUGAAAGAUGUCUCCCUUAAGCUUGGCAGCAAGUCCAAAGAUGGGUGUCCUGCUGGAACAGAGAAAAACAUUUCGAAACCAAACUCCAGCAGCAACUCAAAAGAGGAUAAUCCAAAGCUUGGCAGGAAGUCAAGGAUUGGAGUGCUGGUGAAACAGAGGAAAAUAUUACAAAAUCUGAAUCUGGUACUAAAAAUAAAGGUGGUGCCUUAAAGCUUGUCAUCAAGUCCCAGGAUGCAAGUACUAGUGAUUUGGAGGAAAGCACUACCAACUCUGAAACUGGCAGUAAGUUGAAAGGUGGUAAAAAGUUCGUAAUCGUGUCCAAGAACGAGAAUGAAGUUGAUACCGAGGAAAACAAUACCAAGUCUGAAACUAGUGGUAAGCUGAAAGGUGGUAAUACAAAGUUCAUCAUCAUGUCCAAGAAAGAGAAUGAUGCUGAUUCCGAGGAAAACAUCACCAAGUCUAAGCUUGGCAGUAAGUCGGAUGAUGCACUAAAGCUUAUCGAAAAGACAGCGGAUGAUAAUCCUACAACCAGUACCAAAUCAAAGACUGAUACCCCCAAAACUGAUAAACAGAGGGAGAAUGC